UAUCUAGGUGAUAACUUAAUCGCAUUUCAUUAUCUGCUCUUGUAACUUCAAUUAUUCUGACAUCAAGAUCUGGAGCACUCGGAUUCCGGAUUGGCCAAUCACAUUGGAAAGACUGACUCUUCGUUCGCUUUGUUCUACUCAUAGACCAGCCCGUCUUCUAGCAGUGGAGGUUACAAAUCUUCAAAAUGCCUUCCCCAGGUAUGCAGCCUCGAAAGCCAGAGCAAUCUGCAGCAAAUAAGGAUCAGAAUGAGUAUAUCCCGGCUUUCAUUGCAAAGAAGCCAUUUUAUAUAGGGGACGACGAUAACACCGAUUAUCUCGAGCAUCAACGUCUUCAAAAAGCGCAAUUAGACCAGUCAAAAUGGUAUGAUCGUGGAAAGAAAUUGGGUCCGGCAGCCACCAAAUUUAGAAAAGGCGCAUGUGAAAAUUGUGGGGCAAUGACACACAAGGCUAAGGACUGUUUGAACAGACCUAGAGCGAAAGGCGCCAAAUGGACCGGGAAAGAUAUACAGGCAGAUGAAGUCAUACAGGACGUUGAUCUGGGAUGGGAUGCGAAGCGGGACCGAUGGAAUGGGUAUGAUGCGAAAGAGUACAAGGCUGUCACAGAUGAGUAUGCGCAGCUAGAAGAGUUGAAGAAACAAGUACAGAAGGGUGGUGAAAAGGAUGGAGAAGAGGCUGGUGAGGAUGGCGAGGAUGACGGCGCAAAAUACGCAGAGGAAUCAGAUAUGGGCAGACAUCAAAGUACAUCAACGAGACAGCUGAGAAUCCGCGAGGACACAGCAAAGUAUCUUUUAAACUUAGACCUAGAUUCAGCCAAGUACGAUCCGAAGACCAGAUCUAUGGUUGACAGUGGAGCGACUGCUGAUACGGCUGCUGCGCUGGUCGCGGAAGAAGGAUUCUUGAAAGCUUCUGGAGACGCCGCCGAAUUUGAGAAAGCACAGAAGUACGCCUGGGAGUCGCAAGAAAAGGCAGGAGAUACAAAACAACAUUUACAAGCAAACCCUACUUCUGGUGAGUACUAUAGAAGAAAGGAGAAGGAAGAGGCAGAAGCCAAAAGACAGGCGCAUAAGAAGAUGCUUUUGGAGAAAUAUGGGGGAGACAGUAACGCUACAGCUGCAAAACUCAGGGAUGUAGCCGUCAUGGAGUCCGAAAAGUACGUGGAGUACGAUGAAAUGGGUGGCAUCAAAGGAGCACCAAAAGCAUCAGCGAAAUCGAAAUAUCCCGAGGACAUUUAUCCCAACAACCAUACCUCUGUAUGGGGAAGCUGGUGGUCAAAUUUUAAGUGGGGCUACUCUUGUUGUCAUUCUUUAGUCAAAAAUAGUUAUUGUGUUGGGGAGGCGGGAAAGGCAGCCAAGCGCACAGCGGAAGAGAUGCUCUCGGGCGUUUCUGAGGAUUCGGAUGGAGGGAAGAAGAGAUGUAUAGUUCAGGAGAAAGAGCCGGGAAUAGUCUAAUCAUAAUAAAUCAAACAUUUCAAUGUCGCAGUUGAACUUAACAAUCAAAUGUCAACUUUCAAGUCCCACCACACUUUCCAAUUUAUAUUCUAAUUCAUGAUUUUCAAUGUCACAAUUCAGUUUGGAUAAUCAAACGGUCCUUCAGGCUUAUAUGC